UUAUUAUGUGAGCUAUAAAAUGACGUCACGCGCGUGUGUUCAGGAUCGACAGCAGAUGGUAUAUAAUGGGUCAGUCGACUCACAGUAUCACAGUCCAAUCUGAGCUUCAACCAUUUUGCUUUGAGUGUACCAACCUAGAUCAAACAAGAAACAUGAAACUGUUUGUGAUCGCCGCCCUUAUCGCCGUGGCAGUUGGAGCUCGCCUGGAGCACCUGGAACGCGCCUACCUCCCUCCUUUCCAAGGAGGAGUUGGCCAAGGCGCUCAGGGUUCCUUCGGAGGUAACUCUGGAUUUGGUGGAGCUGGAAAUGGUCUGGAAUCCAACGUUGGCAGCGGUUUCCCUGGUGCCACCUCUAACCAAUACUUGCCCCCUGACCACGGACCUUCUGGAGCUAACGGAUUCGGAGCCCAAAACUACCAGCAGCAGUACAAUGGUUUCCAAGCUCCUCAGCAGUACCAGCCUACCUCCUUCGGUGCCAACUACCAGGGCCAGUACUCCCAGCAGUCUGCCGCCACCAGCCGCCAGUACCUGGCGCCCAACACCGGCUCCUACCAGAACCCCCCCCAACAAGCCUUCGACGAACAAACUGGAUACCACUACUAAGCAACAUCAUACACUUAAUUAUUUUAGUCAAAUAAUUGUGAUAAAAUAAAAUGAAAGAGUAAUUUUGUGACGAAAAUUUUAAAGCCAUUAAUUUAAUAGUGAUUCAAAUUCAAUGUACACGUUUUAAGCUAAUAAAAAUAGUACAAAUAA